CAACCAUCUACUUAUCCAACUGAUUUAUCUAUCCCGUAUUUUGAUCGCAUCCCGACCACAUUGACGCAAUCCCGAUGCCGGCAGACGAGUAUUCCACUCUCGGCGGAGGCGGUAAACUCAAGCUGAAAGGCUCCAAGGUGGCCGAUGGCCGAGUAGAGAAGAAGAAAAAGAAGAAACAAAAGGAAAACAAAAAGGCUUCUCCAGGUAGGGAUGCAGACCAGCAGCAGCCGCAAGUACAAGAGCAAGAGCAGCAACAACCAGAUGAAACGACCACGACAAGAGACUCGUCUCGUGCUCCCGAUGAGGCUGGUCGUGGAGAAGAAUCGUCAUCAUCACUGGACAUCGGCUCCGCCGGCAAGACCGAGGCGGAGAGAAGGCAUGAGGAGAUGAAGAAAAGAAGACUGCAAGAACGCCUUAAGCGGGAAGGGGUCAAAACUCAUAAAGAGCGCGUGGAAGAGCUUAACAAGUACCUCAGCCGACUGAGUGAACACCAUGAUAUGCCCAAAAUCGGACCCGGUUAACUGGUCUCACUUGCUGUUGAUAAGGUCUAUAUCACUUCGUUCUUUAUGAUGCAGCCACAUGAUUUAGCAAAAGAAGUUCAAAUUGCUUGAUUC